GGGUUGUCCCUAUGAGCGCGGUGGUGUUGUGACUAAACCCUUGUGCUGCUAAAUAGUGAGUGGGAGGGUUUCGUUCGUACUCUGGUUUCUAGGUCUCCCAGCGGCUCGACGAAGCUGCACACCGGAGCCUUCACAUCUUGAAAUCGCCUUUCCUUGGCUACUAUGGCAGGUAGGAGCCGUUUGCCUCGUCAGCAGGAUUUGCCUCGUCACCAUGAACUGCGUGGCUUUCAUGAUGGCCUCCAACCCCCACAAAGGCGACAUGCUCCGAUGCCUCUUCACCCAAUCGAAGAGGAGAUUGCAAUACGGCGCGAUGAGAUACGUCGGCUUCGCGCUGAUAAUCAUUUGCUUGUUGAAGAAAAUGUUGCAUUUAGGAGGGAAAUAGCCGCUGCAAAAGAAGAACUCCAUGCGCUUGGACAGUUGAUACCCAAGAUUCGUGCAGAUAAAGAAGCUCAGGCUAGGGAACUGAUUGAAAAGGGUUUAAAGCUGGAGAAGGAGCUCCGAGGCCUUGAGCCUCUCAGGGCUGAGCUUAUACAGUUAAAAUCAGAAGCUCAGAAGCUAGAUGGUCUGCGUAAAGAGCUUUCAGGCGAAGUGCAGAACAUGUCCAAGGAGCUUAAACACAUUCAGGCUGAGAACCAGCAAAUAUCUACGCUGAGGCUGGAUAUUGAUGGCCUGCACCAGGAGCUGGUCAGAGCCCGGACAGCUUAUGAGUAUGAGAAAAAAGCUAAUGCAGACCAAUUGGAGCAGAGACAAGUGCUAGAUAAGAACCUUGCUUCCAUGGCUAGAGAAGUGGAGAAGUUGAGGGCAGAGCAUAUAAGCCUGGAGAACAGAGCAAGGGGACCUGGUCCUGGAGCUUAUGGCGAUGGCUUUGGCAGCGACAAGGGACUCUAUGAUUCUGGUUCCUGGUUGUCUUAUGAGCACCGCGGCUUUCCUCGCCAUUGAUUGUUUUGAACGUUUAUUUGCUCCCUCCUUGUUCCAGUUAGUACUCUUUCUGAACUCUUCAAAUGGUUUUUUAUUGCGAACUAUCUGAAACUUAUAUUUCUUAAUGGAGUUUAGAGCAUUGUAAGCUUAUGAACAUGAGAUUCUUGGUUUGGCUUGAAAGUUUCCUACCUGUUUUGCUGAACUACUCAAUGAAGAAGAGUUUCUAUUAUCCUUCACUAUAAUGCUGGAAUA